AUGAGCUCUCAAAGGAGGUUUUGAUUUACAGGUUCUUUCAAGGAGAUGAAGAGAUGCUGGUUUUGACCCAGAGUGAUGAGUUAAACCGAAGUUACUGUGAGGACAACAGAUCAGCCUUUAACAACAUCACAAGCAAUAUUAAUCCACAUUUUGAUGACAGAAUAAACAGCAGACCGUCAUCAAGAGAAGACAGACGCAAAGAUGAGCCCUCUAUAGCAGCUCAUAACGGAGCCACCAGCCCCUUAGGAUGGGAAAGCCCAGCCUUUAAAGAAACCAGGGCUACUGUAAUCUCCACUGGAACCAAGACCUUCACCAUAACUUCCGCUGUCUCUACUGAAGAGCCCUUUUGUUUGGAAAAUAGCAGAAGCAAUGAAAAAGAAAAAAGAUUAUCUGAGAUGCGAGGUGAAAAGAUGGGAAGCGAGAGUUGGGAGAAUCAAGGUUCCAGCCAAAACCGGGGGAACAAGAAGAAGUCCAUCAGACCAUCUGGGCUUCCUAGAGGGAAAGUGGUAAAAUGGAGAGUUUCAGGAGAUGUAGAGAAGAUUCAAGAGGGGGAGAAACCCGUAGAAGGGACGUCUCAGCUCUGUACACGCCUUGAAAAACAGAGUGGGAGCAUGAGUUUGGUUACUUCAGUUCAGAGCCCUGAAACCUGCAGCCUGGGUCUGAACCCCUCUCCCACCAUCACAGCCUGGGAGGCUGGCUGGAACAUCACCAAUGCUAUACAGGGUAUCUUUGUGCUGGGUUUGCCCUUCGCCCUGGUGCAGUCAGGUUAUGUGGGUCUGGUCCUGUUGGUUCUUUCAGCGUGGGUCUGUAACCACACAGGAAGAACCCUGGUGUCCUGUUUAUAUGAAGAAGAAAUGAGGUAG